AUGUCCGCCCGGGCCCGCCGCGGUCCCCGGGGCAACCGGGCGCCGCCCCUCGCGCCCCUCUGCUGCUUCUCGGCCGCGCUGGUGGUGCUGUGGUCGCCCGCCUCGCAGGCGUUCAACUUGGACGUGGACCAGCUCACGGUGUACGGCGGCCCCGAGGGCAGCUACUUCGGCUACGCGGUGGACUUCCACGUACCUGCCGCUCGCACAGCGAGUGUCUUGGUGGGAGCGCCCAAAGCCAACACCAGCCAGCCAGACAUCGUGGAAGGGGGAGCCGUCUACUACUGUCCUUGGCCCGCCGAGGGGUCCGUGCAGUGCAGGCAGAUACCGUUUGACAACACCAACAACAGAAAGAUCAGAGUAAAUGGAACCAAGGAACCUAUAGAGUUUAAAUCGAAUCAAUGGUUUGGAGCAACAGUGAAAGCUCAUAAAGGAAAAGUGGUGGCCUGUGCUCCAUUAUAUCACUGGAGAACUCUUAAACCGACACCAGAAAAGGACCCAGUUGGCACUUGCUAUGUAGCAAUUCAGAAUUUCAGUGCAUAUGCUGAGUACUCUCCUUGUCGGAACAGCAAUGCUGAUCCUGAAGGUCAGGGUUACUGCCAAGCAGGAUUUAGUCUGGACUUUUAUAAGAAUGGAGACCUUAUAGUUGGAGGCCCUGGCAGUUUUUAUUGGCAAGGUCAGGUGAUCACUGCCAGUAUUGCAGAUAUCAUUGCAAACUACUCAUUCAAGGAUAUCCUGAGAAAAUUGGCUGGAGAAAAGCAGACAGAAGUGGCUCCUGCUUCCUACGAUGACAGUUACCUUGGAUAUUCAGUUGCUGCUGGGGAAUUUACUGGGGACUCUCAGCAAGAAUUGGUUGCUGGGGUUCCCAGAGGAGCACAGAAUUUUGGAUGCGUUUCAAUCAUUAACUCUACAGAUAUGACCUUUAUUCAGAAUUUCACUGGUGAACAGAUGGCAUCUUACUUUGGAUAUACAAUUGCAGUAUCAGAUGUUAACAAUGAUGGAAUGGAUGACAUAUUGAUCGGGGCACCUCUCUUUAUGGAACGUGAAUUUGAGAGCAACCCCAGAGAAGUAGGGCAAGUUUACCUGUACUUGCAAGUGAACGUGCUGGUCUUCAGAAAUCCGCAGAUCCUCGCAGGCACUGACGUCUUCGGGAGAUUCGGUAGUGCUCUGGCACAUUUAGGAGACCUGAACCAAGAUGGAUACAAUGACAUUGCCAUCGGUGCGCCCUUUGCAGGCAAGGACCAAAGAGGCAAAGUGCUCAUUUACAACGGUAACAAGAAUGGCUUAAACGCCAAGGCUUCCCAAAUUCUGCAAGGAGUGUGGGCCUCACAGGCUGUCCCUUCUGGAUUCGGCUUUACUUUAAGAGGAGAUUCUGACAUAGACAAGAAUGAUUACCCAGAUUUAAUUGUGGGUGCAUUUGGAACAGGAAAAGUAGCUGUUUACAGAGCGAGGCCGGUUGUGACGGUGGGAGCCCAGCUUCUCCUGCACCCGGUGAUCAUCAAUCUGGAAAAUAAAACCUGCCAGAUUCCAGAAUCGAUGGCAUCUGUGGCCUGCUUUUCUUUAAGAGUGUGUGCAUCUGUGGCAGGCCAGAGCAUUUCAAACACAAUAGGCCUGACUGCCGAGGUGCAGUUAGAUUCCCUGAAACAAAAAGGAGCCAUUAAACUCUUCCUUGAAAACCAUCAGUCACAUCUCGUCUUCCCUCUUGUGAUAAAGAGGCAGAAAUCCCUCCAAUGCCAGGAUUUUAUCGUUUACCUUCGAGAUGAAACUGAAUUCCGAGAUAAAUUGUCUCCAAUCAACAUUAGUUUGAAUUACAGUUUGGAUGAAUCCACCUUUAAAGAAGGUCUGGAGGUGAAACCAAUAUUGAAUUACUACAGGGAAAACGUUGUUACCGAACAGGCUCACAUCCUGGUUGACUGUGGAGAAGAUAACAUGUGCAUUCCUGACUUGCAGCUGUCAGCUAGACCAGAUAAGCAUCAGGUCAUCAUUGGAGAUGAAAACCACCUUAUGCUCAUAAUCAACGCGAGAAAUGAAGGGGAAGGUGCCUACGAAGCCGAGCUCUUUGUGAUAAUUCCAGAAGAGGCUGAUUAUGUUGGGAUUGAACGCAGCAACAAGGCACUGCGACCACUGAGCUGUGAGUACAAGAUGGACAAUGUCACCCGAAUGGUGGUGUGUGACCUUGGGAACCCUAUGGUGGCUGGAACAAACUCCUCUCUGGGCCUCCGAUUUGCAGUUCCACGACUUGAGAAAACAAACAUAAGCAUUAACUUCGAUCUCCAAAUCAGAAGUUCCAACAAGGACAACCCAGACAGCAAUUUUGUGAGCCUGCAAAUCAACAUCACUGCUGUAGCUCAAGUAGAAAUAAGAGGGGUAUCCCACCCUCCGCAGAUCGUUCUGCCCAUUCAUAACUGGGAACCGGAAGAGAAGCCCCGCAAGGAGGAGGGAGUUGGACCAUUGGUGGAACAUAUUUAUGAGCUGCACAAUAUUGGACCAAGCACCAUCAGUGAUACCCUUCUGGAGGUGGGCUGGCCCUUCUCUGCCCGGGAUGAAUUUCUCCUCUACAUUUUUCAUAUUCAAACUCUGGGACCUCUGCGAUGUCAAACAAAUCCUGAUAUCAACCCACAGGAUAUAAAGCCCGCUGCCUCCCCCGAAGACACCCCCGAGCUGAGCGCCUUUUUGCGAAACUCCACCAUCCCUCAUCUGGUCAGGAAGAGAGAUGUGCCUGCGCUGGAGCCUCACAGACAGAGCCCCGCAAAGAUCCUGAACUGUACAAAUAUCGAGUGCUUACAAAUCUCCUGUGCAGUGGGACAACUAGGGGGAGGAGAAAGCGCCGUCCUGAAAGUCAGGUCACGGUUGUGGGCCAAGACGUUUCUCCAGAGGAAAAAUGAUCCCUAUUCUCUUGCAUCCCUGGUGUCCUUUGAAGUUAAGAAGAUGCCUUAUAAAGAUCAGCCAGCCAAACUCCCUAAAGGCAGCAUAGCAAUUAAAACAUCGGUUAUUUGGGCAACCCCAAAUGUUUCCUUCUCGAUCCCGUUAUGGGUAAUAAUACUAGCCAUACUUCUUGGAUUAUUGGUUCUGGCCAUUUUAACCUUGGCUUUAUGGAAGUGCGGAUUCUUUGACCGAGCAAGACCCCCACAGGAUGAUAUGAACGACAGGGAACAGCUGACCAAUGAGAAAACCCCUGAGGCGUGA